UUCCUCAAUCACUUCAACCUUGUGUUUGCAUUGUGCCAGUUUAGCAUAACGACAGAGACAGCUUUGAAAGGCAAUGGGAAAACUCGUAUUUUUCACCGUCGCUUUGGGACUUUUGGGAAUUCUCGCUACAAAGCACGCGGGUGCUUCUUGUCCGAAUGGUUGUCAAUGUGUUGAAAGCACUUUCGGCGUCACUUGCAUUGGGUCAGACAUUGUUAGUUUUCCACAAGGCAUUCCACCGACUACAAGAUCGUUCGAGUUGUAUAAAACCAACGUGACGAGCAUCCCCAAAGACGCCUUUAAAAACUUACCAAACUUAAAGCAAAUAGAUAUUACGGAAAACUCGAAACUUCGUACACUGCCAUAUGGAAUUUUCAACAGCACAAAUCUGAAAGAACUAUCCAGUGUGAACCUAUAUCACAACAGUCUAAACAAACUUCCAGAAAAUCUAUUCAUCAACCUUCCGAAUUUGGAGACAGUACUUCUAAAUCGCAACCAUCUGUCGGAAUUGCCAUCAAAUGCAUUCAGAAACCUACCAAAGUUUGAUCGACUUGAGUUUGAAAAAAACAAAUUAACUUCAGUUCCGGAGAAUCUAUUCGACGGUUCAAUGAAGGAUUUUAAAAUUCUAUCAUUUGCUUCAAAUCAACUUACCAGUCUUCCUGAUAAUAUCUUCCAACCUGUUUCAAAUAGCCUGGAAUCACUAUAUAUUGAUACAAACCAAUUCAGAUUUCCUCCAAUGAGAGCCCUAAGGAAGAUUGGCAAGCAGUUCCUUGAAAUAAAUUUCCACAGAAACCCCACGUAUUGUAACUGCAGUUUAGCAGAGUUCGCUAUCUGGGCUAAGGACGUGAUUCACAGCAAAGGAGUGACUUGUAAUGGCAAUCACACAAAAGUGGAAAACAUAAAUCUUACUCAUUGUGAGCUACCGACGACGAUGCCUCCCACCACUACUUCGGUACCAUCUACCACAACACAAGCCCGGACGACCACACAGGCGCCGACCACAACAGAAACACCAACUACCACAAAGUUGCCAACUACAACGAAAGCAUCAAGGAAUCCAACCGAUCCCAUCACCACGGGACCAUCAACGGCAAAAAGAGCGUCUAUCACACAACUACCGUCCACUUCAAAGCAAGCGCCAUCAACAACUGAAGCAAAUAAAAUCACAGCUGGGCCAGAAAGAUCCACAAAAUCUUCAACAGAAGCGCCUACGACAGGAAAAAAGUCCACCAGAUUUACAAAUUUGUUGACUGAAAUAUCCGAUAAGGGCGAUACGGAAACGCAGGACACGAGCGAUGAAAAUGAACGACGUAAAAAAGUCAUAAUUGCUGUUUCCAUCGCAGCCGUAGUUUUUGUCGUUUUGUUGGCUAUUAUUUUUUGUCUUUUCCACACCGGCAUUUUGUCUACGAGACGUUUUAGAAAAGAUAAAGUUGUCAUCUUUGAUGCCGAAGGAAGAGUUUUGGUCACAGAAAAAGAGGGAGGCACAUGAUGCAUGCAUGGUGAACCCAUUAUUUGCGCAUGAUUCAAGUGUGAUUUGCACAUGAUCCGUGCGUGAUCUCUGCAUGGUCCGAGCCUGCAGUGUGCAUGGUCCAAGUGUGAUUUGCGCAUGGUCCAUGCCUGAUUUGCACGUGAUCCAUGCCUGAUCUGUGCUUUGUCCAAGCGUGAUCUACAUGGUUGGUACAUGGUCUCCGCCUAGUAUAUGCACAGUUUAUGCAUGGAUAGUUCAUGCAAGGUACAUGCAGAUGUUAUACGAGUUUCAACCUUCAGCAAGAGCCCGUGGAAUAAGGUCAUGGAAGAUUCGAUUGAAAUGGUGUUGCCAUCGCAAGUUGGUUACUUCAAGUAAUCUCGUGUGACAUCUCGUAGUUAGUUACUAUUGUAAGCCUUUACCAAAACAUUCAUCACGGCGUAUUUUAUGAUCAUUUUACUUCUGUAAAUAUAUUUAAUUAACGAAGACUUGAUUGAACAGCACGCGCCUUGAUUACUGGUUUAAAUGACCUGUUUUUUGUUGGGGAUACAGUCCACUGACUGAGGUUCAAUCUCAUCCUGAGAUGACUUGCUAAUCUAAUUCCAAUCUAACCUGACUAGUUUGGUACUUACUACUUUGCAAUGUUUUCUUCAGUGUUUCACUUUCAACCUUCCUCAUUCAACAACCUUCCUGACUGAGUUCUGACUCAACAAGAUGUUUUCGAAAUUACUAGCAAGCCAGGCGGUGCACUGUUCCCCCAGCAAAAUCAGGCAGUGAUCAAAUUGUAGUUAGUAAAUGUGACUUAAUAUGUAGCAAUUUUUAACAUUGUUAGAUUGUAAAUAUUCUUUGAAAGGGAUGGACUUGAAACACCGUUUUAGACACAAUUAGAGCACGUAUUCAAAAUUAUUCAUCCUCAUGUAGCCAUGUUUUAAAUGGUUAGAGAGUAAAAAUAUUGUUUCUUGUAAAGAAAACAUUAAAUGUUAUUUAUUCAUGAUUAAUGA